AUGGUGCAGUACUGCCAGCAGAACGGCAUAAAGCUGCUCGCCUAUGGCAGCGUGGGGGGCGGCCUGCUGAGCGACCGAUACGUGGAAGAGCCCAAGAAGAACCUGUUCGGGGGUUCGCGCUUCAGCAACGUGGACCUCAACACCAGCUCCCUCAAAAUGUACUGGAACGUGGCCAGGCGGUUUGGGGGCCAGGACCUCUGGCGCAGGCUGCUGACGGUGCUGCGCAGCGUAGCGGACAAGCACAACGUCACGGUCGCCAACGUCGCCGUGCGCUGGGUGAUGCAGCAGGGCGAGGGCGUGCACCCCAUCAUCGGCCUGCGGGGCGUAGAGCACAUCGAGAACAACGCGCGCGCCCUGGCGCUAACCUUGGACGCCGCUGAUCUGGCCGCGAUCUCGGAGGUGCUGGCCGAGGCGCAGGGGCCGGCUGGGGACAUAUACAGCUUCGAGCGCAGCGGGUGA